UGAAUUUUGACACCUUUCUUUUUUCGCAAAUUCCUUUUUCUUGUCUCAAUUCAGAUUUAAUAUUAAAAAUAACCGAGUACACGCGUCGCCGCAUUUAUAGCACCCAUCAAGACUUUGUUAUUAAUGAGCGGACGACAAGAUGCCUGGGCAAUGGCUGCCGCCGCAGCCGCUGCAGGCUCUCCCACUGUCAACCAAACGAGUGGUCGGAGUUCGAUGAGCUACGGCCGGACGACUCCAUCGAACAACGUUUCUAAUUCCUUUUCCGGGUUUCAGUCACAGCAAUUCGCAAAUCUUCAGCAGCAGCAGCAGUCAGUUGCUGCCGCCUAUUUGCAACAGCAGCAGCACUUGCGGCAACAGCAAGAACAGCUUGAACACGAACAACAGCAACAUCUUCACCAGCAACAACAACAGCAGGCUCGGCCAGACAUGUCGGAAUUCCCAUCACUAGGAAACCCGCCGGGACUCACAAAUAUGACUGCUGCCCAGCAGCAGCACCAAGCCGCCCAGCUGUACCGCACAAUUGCCGGCGCUCGAUCCGACCGUUCAUCUGGCCAGACGCCCCGCCCGAACUUGACCCCUGACGAUUUCCCUGCGCUUUCGGGCCCCAACGACCACGGCGCUGUGGGUUUUGGUGUGGCUCCAGGAUCUGCAACCGGUCUUGGGCCUGGAAGUUUGGCAGACCUUGCUCCGGGCGCCGGCGCCAUCGAUCAGGGGUCGUCGCAGGCUUUGAGUUCCGGCCAGACAGCAACAGCGGCGGUAUCGACGAACGGCCUGGAAACGACCUCGUCGUACAAGCCGCCGACGGCUAACCUGGCCAAGGUUGCCGGCAGCGUGGGUGCCCAGGGCUCGAUCGGAGCGGCCGAUCGCUUUGGCAUGCUCGGCAUUUUAACGACCAACGACUACGGCUUCGACGUGGCCAAAUUUGGGCUCCCUCUGCCCUCAGCCGGGCUUUUAUACCCGACAUUCGGCUCGCCAUGGACGGACCAGAGCCAGGCAUACGGCCUUAUUGAACCUGACUUUAAGCUGCCUGCUUGCUACAACGCCAGCCGCCCGCAGCCGGCCAAGACCAAAAUCACAUCAUUCAUGGACGAAACGCUGUUUUACGUUUUCUACACAAUGCCCCGCAGCGAAAUGCAGCUGGUCGCCGCCGAGGAGCUGUACCGGAGGCAGUGGCGGUACCACAAGGAGUUGCGGUUAUGGUUGACUAAGGACCCCGACUCGCCAUCAACUGCACGCUCGCCGCGCGGCGAGCAAAGCGUGUUUAUCUUUUUUGAUCCUGGCGUCUGGCAGAAGGUUAAGAAGGAGUACAUGGUCAUUUACGAUAUGCUUGAGGAGCGCACACCCCUGAGCGCUACCACCGCUGCAGAGUCUGCCAGCGCAUUCCGGGGAGGCGCGCAGUCAGUCCCGCCCUCGUUGCAGCAGCAGCAAGGAAUGGGAAUGGGAAUGAAUUCCACCAGCAUUGAUCAGGACGGAUCUUCCGCUGCGGCUGCUCAGGCACAGAUGCAAAACCUGCUUCGCUUAAGUAACGCCAAUACCUCGCAGCAACAGCAGCAGCAACAGCAGCAGUUAAUGAUGAUGCGUCAGCGCCAGAUGCAGGAGAAUAUGCAGGCUUCUGGCCGAGGCAUGUCUGGUCAGCUGGCGUAUUCCAACGCGCAUAUGGCUGAUUUGAGCUCGGCGGCAAUGUACAAUGCUGCGGCCAGUGUCCAUGGUAUGGCGUCGCAGCAGCAGCAGCAUAUGGAGCCAGCGUCUUCUGUGUCGCAGCAACAGCAGCAGCAGUCAACGCCAGCUAACGUUGCUGAGGACGUGGCUGCCGCAUCCAUGGCAUAGCUUUACGACGCGAGAAAUGAGAAAUGAGAAACUAAUAAACAUUAUCACACAUACACAUACAA